UACGUAUACAUACAUUAUUACAUAGCGUUAAGUGGAGUAUGGCUCUAUGUCCAUGGGCUUUAAUUGCAAGUGCAUUUUCGAAACUUUUUUCCGCGUAAUUUCAUAAGCAUAAGUAGUAUUAACGAUCAUAAAAAAUACGACGGGGAAGAAGCAUAGCAAAGAACGGAUGGAUCUGUCAAUACUAUUACUUACAACUUAUAUUAGUCAAUAUAACCUUAGAAAAUAUACGAUGAACAUAUAAAUUCUAUGCAAUAACCGAAAUAUAAUUCACAAAAUAUGGAUUUAAUUACAAAGGAUCAACAUCCAAAGACAGAAAAUGACUUUGUUUCAUCAAAGCACGAAUGGACUUGGGAUGAGAAACACUCAACCUCAAAAACAAUUAAAUUAUCAGACAAUAACUUAAAUAUUACGUUUCAUCCUGUAUAUAGCACUGGCACAGCUGUUGCAAGGGGUAACAAACCUUUAGAGAAAGGAAGACAUCAUUAUUGGGAGAUUUUAAUGAUAACGCAUAUCUAUGGCACUGACGUAAUGGUUGGUGUUGGAACUGCAAAUGCAGAGCUUCACAAUGCAAGUGAACAUUUUUGUGCCUUGCUCGGUCGAGAUAAAGAAUCUUGGGGUUUUUCGUACAAAGGAUAUUUACAACAUGAUGGUAAGAUGUGUAAAUAUGGGACAACCUUUGGUCAAGAUAACUUGGUAGGGAUACAUCUGGAUGCUUGGACUGGUACAUUACAAUUUUUUAUAAAUCGAAAGCCCUUGGGUGUGGCUUUUACGAAGUUGAACAACGUUACGCUUUACCCAUUGAUAAGCUCUACAAUGGCUCAAUGUGUAAUGAAAUUAACUUAUAGUUGCUCAAUACCGGUUUCUCUGGAAACUACUUGUCUCUCUGUUUUAUCGCCUUUACAAAAAGCACAUUUAGCAAAAACAGUUCCUAGUUUGCGUUAUCUUACUCAAAAUAUCUUUGCUGAUAUACUACAAAAAUCGAUCGAUUGCGAUAACGAAGAAGACAUUGAAUUUCCUGCAAAAUACAUUAUUUUAGAUGAGUAUGAUUAUGCCCUUAUAGGAGUUGGAAUAAAGAAGAAAAAACAUUUUUAAUAAUACUUAGGCCUGUGAUAAAAUAUGUUGGAAAACUU